AUGGCAAAUGGUUAUGGUAGGUGCUUAUGUGAGUGGGGGAUAAAUAAGAUCUUCACUGUCACAGUUGAUAAUGCAAGCUCCAAUGAUGUGACAGUAAAAGAAUUGUCUAAGCAAUUAACAAAAAUGAGAACUAAUUUGAUGAACGGUAAUCACCUUCACGUGAGAUGUAUGGCUCACAUCAUGAAUCUUGUGGUCCAAGAUGGUUUAAAAGAAUCUUCAGUGUCUAUUGAAUGUGUUAGGCAUGCAGUGAGAUAUGUUAGGCAGUCUCCUGCGAGGUUGAAGAAGUUUCAAGAAUAUUUUGAUGAUGAACAACUCAAUUGUAAAAAAAAUUUGUGCUUGGAUGUUCCAACUAGGUGGAAUUCCACCUACUUGAUGUUGCAUAGGGCUGUUGAAUUUGAAAGUGCAUUUUCACAUUAUGCAUCUAGUGAAAUUGACCUAAGAUAUUAUCUUGAGCAUUCUUAUAUUGAAGUUGGAAUUCCUACAGGUGAACUUUUGAGUAGUGAUUGGGAGAAUGUAAAAAGAAUUACAAAGUUUCUUGAAAUCUUCUAUCUUCUUACUUUGAAAAUAUCUGGAUCACGUUAUGUUACAUCGAAUAUUCAUUUUCUUGAAAUUUAUGCGGUUGCUGUUUAUUUGAAGCAAUUGAUAGCAAAUGAAGAUACAGUCUUAAGUGAAAUGGCAAAGAAGAUGAAGGAAAAGUUUAAUAAGUAUUGUGGUGAUCCAGGGAAAAUGAACAAGAUAAUUUUCAUCUCAUGUAUUUUGGAUCCACAUUACAAGCUCGAAUCAAUUGGUUAUGCACUUGUAAAGAUGUUUGGUGAAGAUCCGGGGGCAACUAUACAAGCAGAAGUGAAGAAGUACAUGACUUCAUUAUUUUGUGAGUAUGUAAAGUCCAGCUCAAAAGGUGUCGUGCUUGCUUCAUCUUCAUAUUGUUCUUCAUUGGACACUUCUACUUUCGGGCUUUCUGACAGUCAA